AUGUUUCGACGUCUAUUCGGUGAAUCGAAAUCGAAAGAUAGUAGUCAUCCGUUUUCAUCAUCUCGAUCUCGUAGACAUGAUGUUGAUGAUCAACAUCAAGACGCUCUUCGGACAAUAAACUAUCUACAGCAAAAUGAAGAUUUAAUGAAUAAAAAGUUAGAAAAAUUCGAUGAGGAUAUUGCUGAUGUACAAAAUAAAGCUAUGGAAUGUUUGAAAAAACAAAAUCCAGAUCGUGCAGGCGCGAUAAGGUUUAUUAAGCGACGGAAACAGCUUGAACAACAAAAAGAAAAAUUAUGGAAUAUGAAACAAAAUAUUGACUUAGUUAAUGAGCAAGUUCAAGCAUCCCAGUUCAAUCGGCAAGUAACUGAUAGUUUAACUAUUGGUCAGCAACAUCUAAAACGUGUUCAAAAGUCAAUGACCACAAAGAAAAUUGAACAAAUUAUUGACAAUAUUACAGAAGAGAUUGACAUUUCAAAUGAUAUUAAUGAUUUAUUAGGUACGCCCAUAUUAACAAAUGAUGUAAUGACAACAGAUGUAGAACUUGAAAAGGAAUUAAAUAUUUUAAAUAAUGAAAUUCUUGCUGAAAAUAUGAUACAAAUCAAUUUGCCAAAUGCUCAUUCCGGACCAAUAAAACUGCCGAAUAAACAUGAAUCAUCAUCCAUGAAUGAUAUUGAUAAACAAUUAGCAGAACUGCAGCGUCUGACGACAGGAUAG